AUGAAAAGAAGACGACUGCCUGGUGGUACGGAAAACUGUGGCCCACGCGAGAUCGAUUAUGCUAAACUACCUGCCCGGUGUCUGCUGAAAACAAGGGAUCUGCCAGGACCAAAAGACGCGAAGCUUUGGAAUGAAGUGCUACUAACUGUACUUCCAGUUGAUGUUUUGCUACUGACAGUGGAGGAUUUGGAAUUCUUGAGUUGCGUUUCUCAUCUAAAUCCGGGAUACUUUCGGAGUAGUCAUGGCAACCUUGGAACGGUAUACUUUGGGCAGAUGGGUACCGGCCCAACCUUCUUGAACAUCGCUGUGAUGAAAUGUCAUUCAGGCCCUUUGACUCCGGGAGGUGCCUUAAUAACUGUGAAAAAUGGUGUUGAAGUGUUAAGACCCAAAGCAGUAUUCUGUGUGGGAUUCUGCGGUGGAUUAGGGCAAGAAGUCAGCUUAGGAGAUAUCGCAAUUUCAGCAAAGCUAAGAACAUACGAUUCUGUGAAAGUAACGGACAGUGGAAUUCAAGAGCGUGGCAUUGCUGUUCCGUUGGAGGCGAAUCUUUUGAAACUCAUUAAACAUGCUAAUGAUGGCUGGAAGGCGCCGCUAAAAGAUUCCGCGGUGGUGAAAGUGUGGAAAGAUGGCGUGUAUUUGAGCGGACCCGAGAAGGUGGAAAGUAAAGAGAGACGCGAGGAACUCGUGAAACGAUUCCCGGAUGCGAUUGCUAUAGAAAAGGAAGGGCAAGGUGAGAGUCUGGUAAAAGUUUAGCAGCGGUACUGUUCAGUUUUCCUAGAAAACUCUCCUUCGGGAAAAGAGAAGAGUUAACCCUUAGUACCCCUCUGAAUUAUGUGUGGAUUCCUGAUCCACCCGGUUCAGACUGUCCCCGGUUCAUUACUCCUGAUAAUGUUCCAAGGCAAUAAAUAGACCGAGUAUUUGGCCUUCCUUUGAGGUUAGGGGGGAGGGAAUUUUAAAGUACGGAGAGGGGAGGGAAAAUAGAGGGUGAACUGUCUCCUUACUUUCCUUUCCCCUCCCCCAUAAACGCCUGAUACCCAAACAAGGGCAAAAUAGGCAAUUUUGAGGCCUGAAAUAGGAACCCACUGCUCCCUUGGCAAACAGUUCUUCAACUUUGAUCUGGAAUGACAUUUCCUGCUCUACAGAAUAUGCAAAGAGACAAAGAGGUAGUUUUUUGAUUGCCUCAAACCAAUAUUCAAAUUUAGGCUAAAGGUUAGUGCGACAUACCCGCAAGUCUCCAACAAACUUAGACCAAAAAAGCUAGAAGAAGAAACUUUUAAGCUGAGAAAAAUAACAGCUGUUACCCGGGUACUUAUGAACCGGGUUUAGUGUUUUUUUUGGUUUUUUUUGUUUGUUUUUUUUUACGGGAAAAUGCGGGCAAUCAAAAUCAUAACUGGAAAACGAUCUGCUGCAUCGGCCUGUUUACGUAUUAACUGGUCUUAUCUACAAUGUCUAUUAUAGGCCUGUUCUUAGCCGCACACGACUUGAAGGUCGAAUGGAUUGUUAUCAAAGGAGUCUCUAACUUUGCUGAUGGCAGGGAAACUGAGUCUUGGAGAAAAUUUGCGAGCGUAAUGGCAGCUUCACUGACUGCACACAUUCUAAGUAAUCCAAUUGUUUUUGAAAACUGGCCUCAUUAUAAAGGUGAGUAUGCAGUAGCCUAG